AUGCCUUGCGUUAGGUUUACCUCAAUGAUGGUCUUAUUUGCUUCUAUAAGCAGAAUUUUUACUUUAGAAAUUAUAAUAACGUGUCCAGAUCUCGAGGAAACAAAUUCGGUUUCUAAGACUAAGUUUUUUGAUAGAAAAUCAUUAUUUGAAGCAAUAAGAAUUAUUGACCCUCCAAUUGAAUUUCAUGAAUGUAAACCAUCUAGAAUAGUUGAAUGCAUUACAUCUCAUCAAAAUUCUUCGAUUUUGCUCGAUUUAUCUUUUGAUUUAAAUACUCAGCUUGCCCUUUCUCAAUUUAGCCAAGAAAAUAGCUUGGUGCAUUUAAUCUACCAUAAACAUAUAAAAUACUCAGACAAAUGAACUUUUUCGAUUACAACAUCCAUGAACGAUCAAAUGAAAGCAUUUUUUAAAUUGUUAAGCUAUUUUAACUGAACAGAAGGUAUUGUUUUUGGUAAUACUGCCAACUAUGCUAUAAAAGAUGAAAUUUUGAGGUUUUCAAAUGAACUGAAGUUUAUAUAUAUUGAAUCUGGGACAAAUAUUGACGAACUCGUCAAUAAAGUUGUUUUUAAUUUAGGAUCCACCCUUUAUUACAUUUUUACUGAUCCAAUCGAAUCAGCAAAUUUACAAAAUUCUUUGAGAAAUUCUCGGUUACUAGACUCCGGGAACGGAAUUUUACUAACUCAAGAUAGCGGGUAUGGCUCUAAUUUAUUAGGAGCUUUAAUCAUAACUGAUUUCGGUCAUGAAUUCGACAAAAAUCCAAAUGAGCAUUUUAUUAAAUGUGUAACUCAUACCCUAACGUAUAUAUCAAAUAACAUUUCGAGUGAAAACCCAGAAGAAAUUGUACAAUUAAUUGAACUUUAUCUACCGAAUCAUUAUAGCAAAAAUGAAUUUUCUAUAGUGAACAUUCAAAAUGGAAACAGAAUAAUUGUAGGCUCUAUUGUUAAUGAAGUCGUUACAAUUUUCAGUAAUAUUUCAUUCCCAGGUCUGACAUAUUCAGUUCCUAAAUCAACUAAAAAAAUUUUACCCUUAAGUAUAAAUGGUGGAACAACUAACCCUGGAGGACCAUCUGUUCCAAACCAAAAGCUAGGUGCAAUUGGCUCGUAUGUGGCUAUGGAUAAAAUAAAUGAAGGCAGCGAUAUCCUCUCAAAUUUCCAACUGAGUCUACAUGAUUAUGAUUGUGGAGUAAGCAUUUUUAAUGAAGCAUUUGCAAGAGCCUGCUACACAAAAGAUAUAGAAAAUUUAGGUCUUGCUCAUUUUACAGCAUAUGGAUCAGCAGUUGCUCUUGGGGCUUUGCAAAUAUUUAGUCAGCUAAAUAUAACGAUACCCAAUAUCGGAAGCGUCAAUUCAAAUCCGACUUUAAGCUCUUCUACAGAGUAUCCAGCUUAUGUAAGGUUGCUAUCAUCUGCAAUAUACAGCCAGUCUCUAAUAUUAUUAAAAGCAAUGGGAUGAACAAAAGCUGCAAUAUUAUAUGAAAAUAAUGGAUGAGGUUUUCCAGUAUAUACCCAGAUGCUGGCAACGGCAAAGACAUUAGGUAUUGAAUUUGUGAAUCCGGAGGAUUUACGUCCUCUUGCUACAGGUUUAAACAGCACCACAAUUAGUUCAUAUAAAGCUUCGUUUCAAGCAGUUGUAGAUUCUCAAGUAAGACUGUUUAUUAUACUGAUUCAGCCCCCAUCAUGCAAUUCUGCCGCAGAAUACCUCUAUGACUUAGGCAUAAGAAAAGGAGAUCUUGUAAUAAUGGCAGCUGUCCCAGAUACCCUUAGCUAUUUUUUAAUGAAUGACACAAAUUUAUACAAAAGACUGGAAGCUGGAUACACUACUUUAACAGUUUCUAAUUUGAUGUUUGUUGGGGAUAUUGGACAAGAUGCUAUAAAAAGGAUAGCCUCAUCAUAUCAUAUGGCUGCGACUACAUUUAAUUGUUAUUAUUUCGAUGCACUUUUAUUAACAGCUUAUGGCUUAGAUUAUAUGAUUAAUAGAGGACAAGACUAUUCAAACUCGACUAAAUUGAUGACAGUUAUUAGAGGUGUCCAGUUUAAUGGCUGCACAGGAAGAGUGAUUAUAGAUAACGGAAGCAAUGAUAGAGUAUUUGAUGCGUACUUAGUACAAGCUAUUGACGUUAAUGAAAAUGGAAUAUCAAGUAUAUAUGAUAUAGGAGAGCUAAAACCAUUUAGCACAACCUUGCUGUCAAUCCAAUCUCCUUUGGUUUACGCUGAUGGGACAACAGUAAAGCCUGCAGAUUAUAGAAAUGAGAAUGACAAAUGCCCUUUUCCUAACAAAGAAGUAAGAACAUUCGAUAAAGGGAGAGCUGUCCUUUUCGCCAUAUGCUUUACAGUUGGAUUAGUGACUGCAAUAAUAACUUUUAUAAUUUGGAAAAAAUGGUGGAAUAUUUCUAUUGAAGAAUUGAAAGAAAAAAAGGAAAUUUCUCUUCAAGAUAUUAUUGUAGGUGCAACAAUCGCGAUAGAAUUCUUCCAGUUCUCAUCUAUGGGGCCUGAUUACUCAUUUAUGAGCUCAUUUUUAUAUGAUCUAAGCAAUGCGAUGUCUUUGAGCUUAGGGAGCAUUUUAAAACUGGAAAACGGUGUCUUUUGGAUUGUAGUUGAUGGAGUGUAUGCUGGAAUUGUCUCAUGAAUUAUACUUUGUGCAGUUGUUUUAUUUAGACUUGAUGAAAAGUGGCAAAAUAUAUGAAUUUUUAGACUUCUAGGAACUGCAGCUGACUAUUUGAUGCCUAUACUAGGGAAUCUUUGCUUUAUUCCUUUUAUAUCAAUAUGCCUUGAUAUCUUUGUAUGUGACCAGUCUAUUGGAAACAAUUUUACUGACAGCUUUUUAGCAAAAGAUUGCUAUUAUUACUGUUGGAAAGGUGAGCACUUAGUCUAUGCUAUUUUAGCCUUUAUUGCAUUAGUUGCAUAUGAACCUUUAGCGGUCUUUUGUCGUCCGCUUUGACAAGAACUGCAAUCUGCAUUACAUGUGAAAGCUGUACCUCUAUUUUUGAUGGUUAAAACGGUGGUUCAAACUACUUUAAUUGUUUUAAAUAAAACAGUCAAACGAUCUACAGAUAUCGGCCAUGGAAUUGUUUUUAUCAUUAUUAUGACCAUUUAUGUUAUAUUUAUUUUUAGAUUCAAGCCUUAUAAUUACGCUAGAUAUAGUUGAUGGCAAGGCUUAACUCUAAUAGGAGUUAUAUGGCUUGCAUUAUUAUCAACAAUUGAGCUAGGUCUUCGAGAUCAUACUAUAGCAACUCCUUUACUUACUGUCUUGAUAUUUGGAUGAGCCAUAAUAGUUUUAGUUGGAAUUUAUGUCCAACGUAAAAGAUAUCCAAGUUUACUUUUUAAGGAGAAAGCUCGUGACACAAGUCAGCUUUUUAAAUUUGCUUUUACUUUUGGGAAGCAAUCACAAUCGACUUUAAGCCACUUAAAAUUAGCCCAAAAAUCAUCAAAAACCUUGCCAUUUGAGAAACAAUAG